CGCCGUUUCCACUUGCAGGAUGGAAACACUUGCCGCGGAGGAGACCGCGUGGUCCUGCUCGUCCCGCAGCGAGUGGAUGGUGCUGCUACCGACGACGCCCAUCUACGUCUACGACAUAUGGCAUGACCUCGUCCAGCGCAAGCCCCUGCGUCACUGGCGCCUCGUCGUCGAUAAGUCCGCGUCCGAGGCGCCGGCGUACAUUGUGCUCGGCGACAUCCCGAUCCAAGCCAUGCACGACGGCAAGCGCAACCGCAACGCUGUCAUGGACGAUCCAGUCCGCAUCGCAGUCAUCUGCCACGACGACAAUGCGCUCGUGGACCUCGAGCAACUCUCGGCGCUGCGCUGCCGCCUCGCCGCCAUGACGCCGGGCCUCGACGACGUCUUCUUGACCAUCACAAACGCAACGUAUAGCAUCCAUUACUAUGCCCUGCAAGCGAGCUUGGGCGUCUAAGUGUAUCUACAAGUUGGACUUGCCGACGUAAAUGACGUUGCGCGAGAGACAGAGCUCGACCAUUUCGAGGAGCGCGGCCUCGAGCGCGCGCUUGAACGCAGCCGCCGACGUCGU